AAUUAAUGUGGAAGGUUGUACAUAGAAAAGGAGUAGGGGUUACAGGGGACAUUACCUUAAAAAAAGAGUCACAGGGGAGCACUACUACUUUUCAUGCAACACACAGAACAGAAUUAUAAAUGACAUAAUUAAUUACCCAUUUAUGUUUACAAAUAAUAAACAAGUAACUUGCCAUAAAUCCAGUGUUGCAUAAGGCAUAUACAUACAUAAACAAGUCCUUCCUUGCUAUCUACUUGAGCAGUUGAUUCAUUUUUCAAAAGAUGAAGAUGCAGGAGGUACUUGGUGCUGGAGUUUUGCUUCUGUUGUGUAUUGCAAUUGGAUACAGUGAACCUACCUUUCAUGUAGGUGAGUUUGGCGCAAUUGGAGAUGGCAAAACUGAUGAUUCUCAGGCUUUCUUAAAAGCAUGGAAAGAAAUAUCUGCAGCAAAAACAUUCUUGUUGAACCCCACUUCAUUCCAAGGCCCCUGCAACUCCACUACUCCUCAUCUUCAGGUCAAAUCACCCGAUACUAUCAGUGGAUGGAAUGGCAGUGGAGAUUACUGGCUAGGCUUCGAUAAUGUUAAUGGUCUUGUCAUUAAUGGAUCUGGAACCAUCAAUGGCCGGGGUUCUACUUGGUGGAGCAGAAGUCAAGAGUCUACACGACCAAGGGCUGUACACUUCGACAACUGUAAUAAUCAAGUAACAGGGAUCAGUGUUGUUAACAGUCCAAUGUGUCAUAUCUCAAUAAAUCAGUGCACUGGUGUAUCCAUCUCCAGAAUUCAUAUAAAUUCACCUGCUGAUAGCCCUAACACUGAUGGCAUUGACAUCGCUUCAUCAACCUACGUAGAUGUGCGAAACUCCAUCAUCAAAUCUGGAGAUGACUGCAUUGCUAUCAACACCGGCUCCUCCUUUAUCAACAUUACGGGAGUGGCCUGUGGACCAGGUCAUGGCAUCAGUGUGGGAAGUCUAGGAGAACAUGGAGCAGAUGACACAGUGGAACAAGUGCAUGUACGGGAAUGUAAUUUCACUGGAGCUAAAAAUGGAGCAAGAAUUAAGACAUUUCGGGGGGGGUCAGGAUAUGCUAGGGACAUCUCAUUAAGAGAUUUCGGUUAUCCAGGGGGGGUUGGGUGGUCAGGAUAUGCUAGGGACAUCUCAUUCGAGCAAAUCACACUUAUAGAUGCCGAAAACCCUAUUAUAAUUUAUCAGCAUUACACCAUCGACCGCAGCAGAAGAGAUGAGGAACUUCGCGGGGCAAACAAGCAAUCACAUUGA